CCCCACCAGCCCGGGAUGGGAGAGUUGAUCCAAGCUGAGCCCGCCCCUUUGGGAAAGAAAAUCCCUUCCAGGGUGCUCUGUGCCAUCGGAGAGAGGCUGAUGGUGUGGGGCUCCCUUGGGCUGGUGGCAGUGCUGGUGCCCAUGGGGCUCCUCGGUCUGGUCCUGCUCUGGGCGCUGGUGGCCGUGACUUCGGGGAGUAAGUCGUUGGACAAGCAGACAGGCAGGAUACCGCCCUGCGUGACAGCGUGCACAGGGUCAGCUGAUCCCCACCUUCCUGUGGGCACCCGAUACACUUAUCACUUUUCCACCAACACCAGUACUGGCCUGCAGGGGGACCCCGUGGAGGGGAGUGGCCUUGGCCUCCAAGGCUUGGUCAUUGUCGACGUGCUUGGCCCGUGCCAGAUGGCCUUAUGGCUCCAGGAUUUCCAGGUGACAUCUAUCCUGGGGUCCAAGGUGGCAGUUCUGAGGGAGUCAGAGAAUGUGAGCGCUGCGCUAGGCCGCCACCCGCUGCGCUUCGUCCUGCAGGCAGGGCGCGUGGCCCGCCUGUGUCCCCGCCGCGCGGAGCCGCGCUGGGCGCUGAACGUGAAGCGCGCGGUGCUGAGCCUCCUGCAGGGGCGUCCGGGCACCCGCGCCCCCCAGACCGUCGAAGAGGUGAGGAUGUUGGGCAGGUGUCCCACCACGUACGAGCCCCAUGGUGCCCAGCUGCGCAAGACCAAGGACCUGGCCCGCUGCUCCCUGCGCAGAGUGCGCUCCUCCCUGCGCUCCCAGGCUCUCCCCAGGGAGCAGGCUGGCCUGGCCUCCCGCCUGGCCUGCGUCCAGAAUUUCCAGGCUGGCGUGCUGAGGGAGGCCUCCUGCAUGGAGCUGGACACCGUGGGGCCCCUCUCUGAGAAGGCAAGUGCUGUGCAGAUGCGGACCCUUUCCUCGCUCACCCUGCUGCGUGCGAUGUCCCUGGAUCUGGCUGUCACAGAUCCGGACGAUGGAGAUGUUACUCCAAGCAGCCUCUUGUAUGAAUGGGAGGAAACAGAGUCUCAAGCUACAGUGGUCACAGUGGCCACGUCAGUGAGGAAGCUGUGCCUGGCUCAGACCACAAGCUUUGAGGCCGCAGAACUGUUCCUGACGUUGGUGUCUGAGCUCCAGGGCCUCUCCCCAGAUGAGCUGAUGGAAGUCUGGCAACAGUCUUCCUUUAAAUGCCGGGACAACUGGCCACCGUUGGUGGACGCCCUGCCCUCCUGUGGCACUGAGGCCUGUGUGGGCCUCAUGAAGGACCUCAUCGUGUCCGGGGAGAUGGAGGCGGACGAGAUAGAGGCAUGGCUCUGGUCGUUGGCCUUCGUCCCGCAGCCCACGGAUGCCAUGGUCCACACGCUGCUGCCACUCCUGCAGACCUCGGGGACCAGCCCCAGUGCCUUCCUUGGCAUCUCAGCCCUGGCGCACAACCUCUGUGCCUCCCUGGACGGGCUAUGCGGACACCUGCCUGGCGUCAGCUCCCUCGUGAGGAUCCUGGGAGAGGCCUUGGGUGCCAACUGCACCUUCCAGAAGCCGCCAGAUGCUGAGCAGCUCCAGCUCGUGCUGAAGGCGAUUGGCAACGUGGGCCUGGCGGCCGCAGCUCUCACCCCUACACUGAGCUCCUGUGCGUCCCAGAGGAGCUGCCCCCCCGAGGUCCGGCUGGGGGCCAUCCAGGCCUUCCGGAGGGUCCCUUGCUCUGCAGAUCGAUCCGCGCUCUCCCGUCUGUACCAAGCCCCUGAGGAGGAUGCCGAGAUCCGCAUCAGCGCCUACCUGGCCCUGAUGAGAUGCCCCGGCGAGGAGGUGUUCGCACAGGUGCGGCGGACCCAGGCAGCUGAGCGGUCCACCCAGGUGGGCUCCUUUGUGUGGAGUCACCUGAUGGAGCUUCUGGAAACCAGUGACCCCCUGAAGCGAGCUCUCCAGGAGGCCCUCCCUGAGGACAUCCUGAGCCGGGAGUUCCAGCCGGAGGCCUGGAAACACUCAUCCUAUUCUGAUGUCACCUUCCGCUCAGUGCCUGGCAGCCUGGGGGCCAACCUGGAGAGGACCGUUCUCUUUUCUCCAGCCUCCUUUCUCCCCCGUUCUGCCACGACCAACCUGACUAUCCAUGCCCUAGGUCAUGCCUUCAACCUCCUGGAGCUUGGCCUCCGCCUGGAAAAUGCAGAGAAAAUCGUCCACAGGCUGUUUGGCGGGAAGUCAUUCUGGGGGCAGGAAGAGGAGGGAGAGGCCCAGCCGGAGAAAUCCCCAGAGCCAGAACCAGGACCUACACCACAGGCAGCCAACCCUGACUGUCUAGAAGAAAGAUCCAGAAAGAUGAGAGAUCUACAAGAGAAGGUGGCCCGGAGGCGCGCGGGACUGCGGGCACUGCGUUGUGAGCUGAGUGUGAAGGUGUUUGGGCACGAGCUGAGCUUCGUGAACUGCGGGGUGAUGGGGAGCCUCGUGAAACGCCAGUCCUUGAACCUGGCCGAGCUGGCAGUCAAGCUCCUGAAGGGACAGGAGGUACAGGUGACCCGGAGGCUGAACCUGGCAGUGCAGGAGCUCACCUUUCCCACCAUAUCCGGCCUUCCAGCCCAGCUGACUCUCAACGCCUCAGCCGCCGUCAACAUUCGAGUCCGAGGGGCUGCCGACUUCCAGCAGCAUCUGGAUUUCUCUGUGAAUGGUUACAUCAAGCCCAGUGCCCUGCUCCAGAUCUCAGCGCAGAUGGGCACAGUGGGUGCCCUGGGGCAGGCCGGGCUGAGGUGGGUGACCGGCAUCCGUGGCACCGCCAGCCUGGACGGUGGGAUCCACGCGAGGAAGGGCCGGGACCUCAAGGUGCAUCUGAACACUCCCGAGGAGGCCGUGGAGCUGGUCAGCUUCAGCUCUAAGCUGUAUCUCGUCACUGGGGAUGGCGUGAGAAGCCUCAGUAAUGUCCACAGCCCUUCUGAGGCUCAAUCCUGUACUGACAAGAAAGUGUCCCGCACCUGGGGCUGGCAGCUGUGCACAGAGCUCACCUGGCCGGCAGCUGGUCAGCCCUACCUGCUCUCGGCGCCUGUGUUCGCGGCUGUGACACUGACGAAGCAGGACCGGGGCCUCCGACAGUAUGUGCUGGAAGCUGCCUAUACCUUCCACCCCCAGAAGGACAGCUGGCUCCCUCAGGAAGCUUCAGCUCGCCUCUUCAUGGGCACGCCCAAGUCAGAGGUGCCCAGGGACGUCGGGGUGGACGUCAGGUACAGCUUGCUCCAGGGGAAGUUCCGGCUCAAGCUUCUGCAUCCCAGGAAGAAAAUGCAGCUGGACGGAAAGAUGGAGACUCUCCGGAGUGCCCGUGUAGGUCACCUGGAGCUGGUAUUGGACGACAGGGACGUUUACUACAUUAAGGGCCAGAGUGACCUGUGGCCAGCAGCUGGCGGUGCGGCCCAGCGGUGUGAGGCCCAGCUGGAGGUGAAACUGGUGACGGCAGGGAGCCCUGUGGUCCUCAUGGGGAACCUCAGCUGGCAGGCCGGCAGCAAGCUGGCCUUCUUCGUGUCACUGAGCGACCUGCUGAGCGACCAGGCCUACCUGUCAGCGCUGCUGGAGAAGAAGGCGGAGGCUGGGCUGCAGGGGGUAGCCCUGGGCGGCGAGCUCUCCGUGCCUGGUUUCGUGGGACUGCACCUCCGGGGGCUGCUGCAGCGGCACAGCCACGUCUGGACCAGCUCCUUGAGGAUCAAGUACAGCCUCCUGGGUCAGGCAAGGCAGCUGGCCCAGGAGUGCAGCACCAGCCAGAAGAUGCAGGCGCGUGGGGGCUCUGAGGCGGCCUAUGAGCUGGAGCUGGGCCACGAGUUCCACUGCACACAGAUCCCCGCACUCAGCCACAAGGUUCAGCUGCAGCAUGAGGAGGGCUUGGGCCACCUGCACUCACAACUGGAGGUGAGCUACGGGGUGCGCUGGAAUGAGAGCAGCAGUAAGCGGCAACUCCGUGUCAGCCAGACCUUCCAGAACAACUCGGGUCCGGCCCUGAGCAAUUACUUCAUGGAGGUAGCGCUGCAGGCGCCGGCGAGGCAGGUGGAGUUCCGAGCGCAGCUGUAUCACUCGAGCCUCCGCCAGCCGCACGUGGAGACCAGCACACGCCUGGAGACGCGGUACAACGGGCGGCUGCCUCUUGUGGCCGGCCUGCAGUGGAAGGACGCGUCUCGGGCUGCCCUGUGGAAGUGGGAAGGAGACUUGAACCUGGAUAGUCCGUGGCUGAUGGUCUCCGUGGCUCACAGGCUGUACUGGCCCCACCGACCCACGUGCCAGGCUGUCCUGGAGCUGACGCUGGGCAAGGCUUGGACCCUCAGGAACCUGGUGAUGAACGUGGCCUACAGGAACCAGGGCGUCGACAGGGAGGGCAAGAUCCACAUCUAUACGCCUGCUACCACGUACCUCCGGGUAUCCACGGUGACGACUGUGGCACGGAGCCUCUUCCGCAGCCGGAGUGACAUAGAAUCAGCCUGGAGUGGCACGGUGCAGAGUGAGAUCCACGCGGAGAACAGCCGGGACCUUAAGAUACUUCACUGCUGGCUGAAGGGCCCCCGGCAGGAGACAAACCUAACGGCCGCCUACAGGCGCACGGAUCAGCCCUGGAAGACUCACGUGUCGCUCACGGCUCUGGUGACCACGACCGGGAGCCAGCCUCGGGGCCUGGAGUUGGAGGGCAAGCUGGAGGAGGUGACGCGUGACACAGGCUUGUACCAGAAGCGGGGGACCUUCCUCCUCAGGCACCCCUUGCCUCUGCCCAUCCCGCAGAGCCUCGUCCUGCAGGAGACCUUCACGGCGGAUAGGCGUCACCAGCGGUGCUCCCUGGAAACUAGGCUCGUCCUCAACGGCGACGAGGAGACCCUGCAGACCGUAGUCCUGGGCUACCAGGCCGGACACCCCUAUGUCUGCGCAGGCCUGACCCACCCGUAUGACGGCAAGGCCGUCCCCAGGAACGUGGAGGGGUGCGCCGUUGCUUGGAGCCAGCAUGCCGCUCAGAACAGGGAGGUCGAGGCCACUUUGAAAGUCAACCAGAAAGUUGUGCUGCACUUAAAGGGUCUGCACCAUGACCGAUCUCAGCGUGGGGAAAUCUGGCACAGCCUGGCCCUGGACGCAGCCCAUGCCUCCCAGCUGAGGCUCCCCCAGGCCCUGCAUUUGGAUGGGGACAUUGUCUUCAGACCGGGUCCCCGGGGAGCAUUUGACUGCAGCGUGGACACGAGGGCCACCAUCAACUACAAUGUCACAUUCCAGGUCUCGGUCCAGCUGAACGGAUCUGACUCCCACUUGGCGUUCCUCUUCCAACUCAGACAUCCCCACAGACCAACGUUUCCUCCAGACUUACAGGUACAGGUGGCUGCCCGACGAUACAAGGACCAUAGCCUCAGUGGCUCCCUGUCUGUGCGCACAUCUAGCCGGGAGCUGGUUCUCCUGGAGGCCGACACCAGCCAGGACACCCAGAGACGCAGCCAGGCCUGGGACACGAGCUUCCUCCUCCACCAGGCAGUCCUCAGUGGCCCCCGGGCUGUUCAACUGCAGCUGUCCAGCAAGGUGGCCGCAGCCAGGGUUUGGCUGUUUUAUAAGGUGUUGGUGGACCAGAACACAGCCCAACUUCUCCUCAAGGCUUCCAGAGAGCAGAGGGGAGGCCAGGUCCUGACCCUGCAGAGCCAAGCCCAGCACACGGUAGCUGGUUGGACAGCUGUGCCCCGCCUCCUGACCCUCAAGGGCAUGCUGAAGCAGAAGGAGACGCUCAGAGAGGGUACCGUCAGGGUCACUGCUGACUCAGCUGUGCUGGGCUUCAUCCUGCGGGAUAAGCGUGAGAGGGCAGGGAACGGCACCAGCCUGCACAGUGUGCACUGCACGCUCACCCAGAACAGCAGCCAGGCCUUGCCGAGACGGUUCGGGCUGAGAGGGCGACUGCGGGCCCAGGCGGGGAGCCUGGGGGGCCAGGCCCGCCUCCGGGCUGAUGCCGCCAGCCUGGCUCUGGCUGGGGUCUGCUCCUGGGGCCCCAGGCACGGCCAGCUCUCGGGCAGCCUGAGUCACAACAUCGGCACCUUGAGGGAGGCAGGACUCCCCUCGGAGGCAGAAAUGCUCCUGUCACACACCCAUGUGGCUUCCAACCUCUCCGGGAGCCUGGCACUGCAGAGUGCAUGGGGUCAGCUGGACGCUGCCCUGAGCCUGGACGGCGGGGCCCCCGGCACCUUGGGCGGCCGGCUCCAUGCCAGCCUGGCCCACACAGUGCCCAGCCUCAGGCGCUGGGGCCUCCCCUUCUCUGUGGACGGUCAAGGCCACUUCCAGAGCAUGGGACACCGUGUGGCGGCCGGGCUGACGGUGAGCGUGGACGGGGAGCAGCUCCACGUGGCCCUGGAGGCCAGGCGACAGCGCGGCCACCACGGGCUGGGCCUGGGGCUGCACCACGGCCUCUCGGCGCUGCUGGGCACCGUGCCCGCGCAGCUCUGGGUCAACUGCAGUGGAGACUCCUCGCCUGCCCAGCUGUCAGGGCUCUGCUGGGGGGACUUCGCCAGGCAGCCUUUUGAGAAUCUGACUGCGUGGUCCUUGAAUGGCUCCCUCCUGGUCCACACCUGCACGGGCAGCCUGGCAGCUCUGGUAUCUGCUGGGGACAUGUUCGCCCAGGCCCAUGUCCACACGGCCUGCGGCCACCGCCACACCCAUCUGGAUGCCAGCCUCCAGCACACGUGGCCGCCACUUCAGGCUUUGGGGGUUGCCCCCAACAACCACAUCCAGGUGUCUGUGGGGGGACACGAACCCCCCAGGGCCGAGCUGGACGUGGCCCUGGGCCAGUGCACGCUGACCGCUCAUGGGGACGUCGGUACUGAGGCCAACACCACUCAUGCCAACUGGACCUUGUCCCUGGUGAAUCGCUGUCCUCUGCUGGAGGGCCUGGGCCUCCCAGCAGGGACCGAGCUCAGCGGCUCCCUGCAGGCCGCAGGCGGGGAAGCAGAGAUGUCCGGGACCCUCGCAUCGGCCGGCCAGACCGCCUCCCUGACCUUGGCGGGGGCCGUGCACCAGUCUGAGGCCACCCUCCGAGUGAAGCUGAGUCACACACUGCCCACGCUGCGGGCCUUACCCCCAGAGGCCUUGCUGGCCGUCCAGCUUGGCUGGGAGGCCGGGCGCCGGCUGGGUCUGGAGCUGCAGGCAGGGGCCUGCGAGCUGCAGGGUCGCGGCGAGCUGCGCCUGGACCGCGGGCUGGAGUGGUCGGUGCUGGCCGAGAGCUCCUGCGAGGCCCUGCAGGCCCUGGGGGUCCUGGGCCGAGUCAACAGCUCCGGGGCUGUCGUGCUGAACUCGGAGGCCGUGGACGCCCGGGCGCUGGUCUCCGUGAACCACACCACGCUGAGGGGGCUGUUGGUCCUCAGGACUACCGAGAGCCAGCGGGAGGUCGAUAUAUUGCUCGUGCACGACCUGCCUCAGCCCAGCUCCUUGGGCCUCCCAGCCCGGGUCCUGCUGCAGCUGGCCGCCCAGAGCCAUGGGCCCGGCUAUAGACGUGCCCUGCGGGUCGGAGUGGACGGCAGACAGGUGUCCGAGGAGCUGACGUUCACUCGGCAGCCAGAGCUCCUGUCCCUGAACUACACACUCGAGCACAACGUCCCCCUGCUGCGGACACUGUGGAUAGAGGACAAGCUGGGUCUGCAGGCCUCUGUGGACGUUCCCAGCGGCGGCUCCGGCUUUGAGCACUCCGGCCGCAUCUCGGCAGGGCCCACCUCCCUGAACUACUCCGUGAGCUGCUGUCGCCGUACCGGGUACCUGCAGCUCACUGGCUGGAGUGAGCACAACAGCGUGACCCUGCUGCAGGCCAGGCUCCCGGGCAAGGCCCGCCUGCGCGCCGAGCUGCACACGCACGAGACCCAGGCCCGGGCCAGCUUGGCCUUCCACAGAGGGGAUGGUGUCAGCGUGGACGUGGCAGCCCUGGUGUCCUGGCCGAUGAAUGGCUCCCUGGAGCUGGUGGUGAACACCAGCCACACAGCCCCUGCUCUCCGGAGUCUGGGCCUGCCCUUCGCCAGCCAGCUCGUGUUCCAGGAGUUCUGGGCAGAGGAACGGAUGCGCUCUUCUCUACGGCUGACCUGUGAUUUUCAAGCCAGCCUGGUGCUCGACGUGCGUGGCCAGAGCCGGGCGCUCCGCAAAGAGCUGCCGCUCUCCGGCCAGCACCGCCUCCCCGCCCUCCUGGGCCGCGGCCCCCGCCGAGCCUCUGCCUCAGCCAAGCUCCAGUACUCAGACCGUGAAGCCGAGAGCGUGGCUUUCUUGGCGGUGGGGCAGCAUAGUUUCCACGUGGACGCCCAGCUGGUGACUGCGAAGGCCAGUGUUACCAACAUCAUCAGGCUGGAACAGACCUUCCCCCAGUUGAGCGUCCUUCCCGGGGAGCUGGUCCUGCAGACCUCGUACGAGAGAGCCCGUGGGACCCACACCCUGCACCAGAGAGUUCUGUGGGGUGACCAGGAGGCGGUCCUCAACGGGAGCCUACCUGGGCCCUUCCCCAGGCCCUCUGGGAACCUCAGUCUCCAGGCAGAGCUCACCCACCCGCCACCCCUCUCCCCACCACGGCGCGGCAGCCUCCGCCUGUCCUGCGAGCACUCACGACGCAGACACCGGGACGACCUGGUCGUGGGCUGGGAUGGCAAGGACCAGGUGGUGGUCACGUCCGCUCUGCAGCUGGGGAAAGGCAAGCUGGCCGCCCGCCUGGCCCUGGCUCACCCCUUCAACCUGUCCUGGCGGCACAUCGAGGCCAGCGGCCUGGCUGAGGGCAAGGGUGGCCAGCGGGACGCGCAGGUACAGCUGGCCUGGGACAGAGGGCAACCUGUGACCUUGCACCUCACCUGGACCAACAGGUCCUCAGAGUACGAUACCAUCUGGGACGGCUGCCUAGCCGCCUCCCCGGGGCAGCUCCAGGAAAUCUGGGGCCUGAGCGCCCUCAGGGCCUGUGGGGCCUUCACACAGACCCCAGCCGUGUUCAGCGAGCAGCUCGACCUGUCCUGGGACCGACGUCGGGUGCAGCAGAACCUGACGUAUGAGCGGCACUGGCCGUCCCAGCCAGACAAGAUCCACACAGAGGCCUUGCUGGAGCACUUCACUGGCUCCUGCACCACGCAGAGCUUCCGGGGGGAAGUGGAGACCGACUAUACCCGCUGGCUGCACCACUCCCUGCACCUGGGGCUCUGCGACCUCCCCAGGGCUCUCUUAGUCUCUGGGGAGCACAGCCUGGGCCACAGUGGGCUCCUGCUGCGUUCCCGCUGCCAGCUGGCCCUCGCCCCGGACCCAGACCGCGGCCUGCACCUCAGCCUGACCCUCCGCAACCGCAGCAAGCCUCGGGCAUCAGAUUUCUCAGGGGAGCUGGAGAUCCUCAGCUCCAGGGCUCAGCAGCUCGGCCUGCGGGGCCGGGUCUCCACCUCGGCUUCUCGGUGCAGUGUCCAGGUAGAGGGAAUUGUGGACAAUGGGGACGAGAAAGUGAGGCUGUCGGUGUCCCAGGCCCAGAGCUGCCUCCAGGCCUCUGUGGCCCACGAGGAAGGGAGCAGAGAGGAGAGCGUGGAGCUGCGGGCAUGUGCCCAGGGGCAGACGGCCGAGGCGGAGGCCCUGCUCCAGGACACCGGGCAGUCCGUGCAGCCCCUGGGACGCCUGACCCUGCAGGCUGCCAACCAGAGUCUCCGCCUGGCGGCGCAUGGCUGCCCAGGAACCCUGCUGGGCCAUGUGGAGUCCAGGAUCGUGGCCAUUGGGGCCCAGGUGAGAGCCCGGCUGGAGAAGAAGGUCCGAGGCUUGGAUGCCUACGUGGAAAGGUUCCGGCGCCUGGUGUGGCCGGCGGGCACCCUGGACAGCGUGGUGGGCCCCCUCCUGAAGUUGUCCCAUGCGGGACUGGGGGCCGUGGCAGAGAGCAGCCAGACAGUGGCCGCGCUGUGGGGCCAGAGCCGGGCCAGGCAGGUGCUGGCCCACCACUUGCCGCUCUACCUGGAGAGGCUGCAGGUGGGGCUGGAGCAGCUGCGGCGUGAGCUAGAACGGCCCCUGGCCACGCUGAAGGACGCCUACCUGGAGGUGACCCCGAAGCCCCUAGAUGAGGUGUGGCAGGAGCGGGCGGAGUCGGCUCUGCGGCUAUGGCGGGCCCUGGGCCCCAGGCCCAUCAUGGCAGCCCUGGAGCUGGCCGCCCACCAGAUGCUGUCUUGGGCCGAAGCCACUUUGUCCCAGGCCCUGCGGAGGCUCUGCAAGCCCUUGCUGGACCUGUAUAGCUUCUCAGCCAGGAACUGUUCGGUGCUGGUGACUCUGCCGCUGCUGCCCGCGGGGGACGAGCCCCUGGCUGUGGCCCGGCUGGCCGGCUACAUGGUGGAGAAGCUGCUGCGGCCGCUGCGCGCGCUGUCCACAACCAACAUGCUGGCCGAGUACUACCGGCUCCAGCGCCGCCUGCUGGGGAGCCCCCGCGAAUACCAUGCUGUGGUGGCCGGGGCCAGGUACAUGGUGACCUUCGAUGGCCAGGUGUGGAGCCUUGGUGUCCACUGCAGCAGUCUGCUGCUGGCCAAGGACUUUGCCCACGACACGUUCUCGCUGAUGCUGAACCAGGCCCCCUCGGGGCUCCUGUCGCUGUCCGUGGAGCUGAACGGCACUACCCUGGUCCUCUACCCGAGCCUGAAGACCUACAGGCUGUAUGACUCCCCCCUGCCUACGGAGACCUGUCCACACAUUGAUCCGCCUCCUGCCACGACGAGGAGGGAUGUCCCCAGGAUUGAGCUGACCAGUGAGGAUGGCGUCUCAGUCUCCUGUGAUGUGCGAGCUGGCCUCUGCAGGCUCACGCUAGGCCUCUGGCUCCACGGGGUGUCUGCUGGCCUUCUGGGCACCAAUGACAACGAGGCAGCCACUGAGCUGAUGCUGCCGGAUGGCACAGUGGCCCACAGCCUGGAGGAGCUCGCCCUCGCCUGGCAGGUGGGUGGCAACUGCACGGCCAUGGAGAAAACUCAGGAGUGCCCAGGCCAGAGCCCCACCUGCUGGGCCUUCUUCCAGGACCCCCGUUCCUGCCUGGGGAGCUGCUUCAGGGUGGUGGAUCCCACGCCAUUCCUCCGCCUCUGCAUCCAGGACGCCUGCGGCCCCCGCGAGCUGCUCCCGGCCUGCACCCUGGCAGCCACCUACAUCCACCUGUGUGCACGGGCCUUCGUGCCCCUGGACCCUCCUCCACAGUGCGCUGAAGCCGUGCUGCCCAGGGAUGGAGGUCAGCAACAGCAUCGAACAGCAGGAGUAGGACCCCUGUUAAAGGAAACAUUAUUCAAGACGCUUGGAAAAGAACAGGCAGGCAGGCUGUAUUCAGGGGAACUAUCACAGCAGCGCAGGGACCACUGCAGUGGGGUUCGGCCAUAGGGGAGAGAGAUCAGGCUUGACUGUGAAUGCAAGGGCAAAGCAGGGCCUGAGAGCCAAGGAGCAGGGUGGGGACCCCUGGAUGGAGAAUUAACAAGAGGAACCAUCAGGGAUGGUGAAGUUCUGGCUAAGCCGACCUGCCAGGACUCUUGCUGGAGGCAGUCCAGACUGACCAGAGGAACCCUGUCGGAUGGCGAGGUGACCCACUGUUCUGGCUAACCUUAGAAUUCUUGCUAGACCUGGCCAAGGGAGUGACAGAACCCCCAAAUGGGCUCUGAGAUCUCCACAGAGCACGAGCAGAGUCCGGUCAAACAAAGACUCUUUCCCACCCCAUAAGACCUUCAGAUAACUACAAUUUGAACCUACUAAGUACAUAUAUUCGCUGAAAUUUAAAACGUAACACCUCAUGCUCUCUAAAAAUAUUUUUAAAAAGAUUCGACAGAACAAAAAGUUAAUGAACUGGAAAAUAUAAAAGUCUCACAGAAAUUUCAGAAUGAGAAACUAAAGAGGUUCGAGAGCUGGAACUCCUCAGAUUCCGGAAGCAGAAGGUAUCCCAGAUACUGUCAAUAAACCCCUAUUGAGACACAGCAGAUGGAAAAGAGGUGAUCUUUCAAGGAGCAAGCAGACAACCAAUCUCCCCCCAGGAAGGACGGAAGAUGCUGGAACACACACCUUUAAGGCAUUAAGAGAACAACUGCCACGUUAGAUUUUAGACCCAGCUCAACUAGGAUUUAACAUUAAAGGUGAAACAAAUUUUUAGCACUGCACCAUCUGAAAAUGUCUUUCCCGCUGAUGGACACUCACUCAAGGAACAGAGCCACACACAUUAGUUCACUUGCCGUCCGUGGCUGUUUUGGUGAUGCAACGACUGCAAAGUCUGUAGUGUUUACUAUUCGAUUCGUUACAGAAAGUGUUGGCUGAUCCUCCGUGUGAACCAGGGAAAGGGGGAAAGAGAAAUUAAUGGAAGAAGAAGAAAUGAACAAGAAGUCAAAAGUACAGAUCCAGCAGAGAAUCUGCAAAGUCGUUCAACAACUUCACUGAUAAAUUUCAAGAUGUAGGUUAAAUAUGAUCUGGCCAGAUUGAUUUGAGAAAGAAUGUUUAAAGAAUCUCCUAGCCCUUCGAUCUACUGAAUCUAUAGGCUAGAACGUGCCUCUAAAAGGACCUCAGGCGAAGCUGAGUGAAGUGAGCAGGACACCCAAAAAUAGAUUUCAUCACGAUUAAAAUAUUUUUCAUCUGUGAGAAGACAAAUACCAACCACAUAUCUGACAAAGGACUCCUAUUUAGAAUAUAUGAACUCAAAUUUAACAGUAAAAAAAAUCUAAAUGGAAAAUGGACAAAACACAUGGAGACAUUUCACCUCAGAGGACAUACAGGGGACACACAAAAAGAUGUUCAACGGUACUAGCCUGUAGAGAAAUGAGAGCACUAUAUACCUAUUGGGACAGUUUCCAAAACAAACAAACAAAAACCAGUGACACCAAAUACUGGCACAAACGUGGAGAAGCUAGUUCUUGCGUGUGUUGCUGGUGGGAAAACGUAAAACGGUACAGUCACUCUGGAAAAAAGCUAAGCAUACACUUACCAUUUGAUCCAGCAAUUGAAUUCCUAGACGUUGAUCCCAGAGAAGAAACACAUUUCACGCAAGAGCCGGUAUGUGAUUCUUCCUGGCACUAUUAUUUGUAAUAGCCUAGAACCUGAAACAACCAGAAGAGCCUACCUUGGUGCGCCGUCACACAGACUGUAGUACGUCCCUCCACCCUGCGGUCCUACUCAGCGAUAAAAACGGAUAUACUAUUGAUACGGGCAACAACGUGGAUGAGUUUCAAAAGCAUUGUGCUGAGGGGGGGGAGCCAAACUCAGAAGGCCACAUACUCUAAGAUUUUAUUUACGUAACAUUCUCAAAAUGACCACUUAUAAAGAUGGAGAAUAAAUCAGGGCUGCCGGGGUCAGGGGGGAUGUGUGGUUGCGGCUGCUGCCCUCAGGCAGCACAGGGGAGAGGCCUGUGGCGGUAGAAACAACUCUGCGUUUGGAUGGAGAAGGCACUAACGGGAAUCUACACCUGGGACGGAAUGUCACAACUGCAUACACACAUUCUACCAACGUCAAUUACUGGGUUUUGAUAUUGUACUAAAAAUUAGGGAAGAUGUGACCACUAGGAGAAAUGGAAUGAAAGAUACACAGGACUUCCCUGUACUUACGAUCUUUCAACCUUCUGCAAAUCUAAUUAUUUCAGAACAAGAAGUGUUAAAUGUUAUGCAUCAGGCCCAGACCAUGUUACAGGCAAGUUACAAUAAUUUACCGUAACUGUUCCAGAAUAGAAAAAUGAAACCUUUCUCAUUUU